AGGCUGGAUGUGAUUCGCUGUAUUUGUCAGCUUGCUCUCUCCCACAAUUCAACAGGCACCAGAAGGAGAGAAGAAGAGGGCGAUAGAAAGUAUUUAAAUAAAUAGAUUGUUGUUGAAGUACUACAAUACAACAUAAAUAGCCAAAGCUAAAACGGGGAACCUUUGCAACACACUUUUGUUUUAUUUUUAUAGCUAGCUGGAUACAGUUGCUUCCACGAAAUGUGUUUGACUGCUAAGCUAGCCGACUGGCUAAACUAAGUAGCUAGUUCAGCUCGGUUCCGGCCUAAAAUAGCUAACGUUAGCUCCAUUUUCAGAUUUCGGGAAAAAAAAACAAUUCAAGUGUACAUUACCACGUCUGCAGAUGUUCAUCUAACGAAAGCAACGGAAUGCUGAUGGAACGUUAGUCCAACUGAGUCACCAAUUCUAGUCAUGCAAUGGGGAUGAGCGCUCUGCAGUGUGUAUGACCAGCUGUCUCCAGCCUGAUGGGAGGACUCUGUGGAUAGCAGCACCGUCUUCAGGACUCCAGGAGGAGAGUAGCCGCCCCUGCCAAGGAGGGCCGUUCAGAAUGAAGAAAAUCAGCCUUAACACCAUCCGCAAGUCCCUCAACAUCAAGGUCAAGGAGGAAGGAGGGGGGGACUUUGUCAUGCUCCAGCAGCCCUCGCUAGCGGCCGACUUCUCCAAGGAGGAAUCGCUCUUCGGGGGCUGCUACACUAAAGAUCUUGCGGGCUGCAACCUGGGAAUUGGUGAUGUGGGAGAGGAGAAGGCGGGACACAACAAGGGCCGUUCUAAGAGCGAGAGCCUGAUGGGUUCGCUGAAGAGGAGGCUGUCGGUCAAGCAGAAGGCCAAGGUCAAAGGUGGCUCAUUAGCCAUGGGGUCGGCUGACGAUGAUGACACCUUCUCCUCCUCCUCGGUCCCAAUCAGCUUCAACGAGGUCAAGGCCCAGCGUCCGUUACGAUCAGCGUCGCUCCGUAGCCACCAUUACAGCCCGUCUCCCUGGCCCCUGCGGCCUGUCGCUUCAGAUGAGGCCUGCAUCAAAAUGGAGGUGAAGGUUAAAGCCAUGGUCCAUUCCCCCAGCCCAGACCUGAAUGGCGUGAGGAAGGAGUUCCGCCACCAUGACUUUCAGAUGGAGAACAUCUUCCAGGAGCCGCAGAACGGAGACCUGAACAGUGACAAACAUGUGCCUGAAGUCCUGGGCCUCACGCCGCAGGACUACAUUCAGUACACCAUGCCUUUAGAGGAGGGGAUUUACCCAGAGGGGUCCCACUCUGUCCCCCACUCCUUCUGCCUGGGCAGGUCCUCACCCAUGCAGGUGGCGACGGAGGCGGACAGUAGCUCCCUCAACGCCGACCACCAGAGUCAGGAGGACCAGGAUCUGGUGAGUCUGAACCGGAACCUUCCGGCAGACCUCUUCGUGGAGUCACAGUCGGUGAACGGCCUCUUCAUCGGCUCUAACGGUGUGAUGCUCCAUAGCUGCAGGGACAGGGUCAACACUCAACUAUACCCCGCUCCUCCCCAGCGCUCCCCUCUCCUGCCCGCGUUACCCAGCAACAUCAUCUCCAGGACUUACUCCAGGUUCGGCGGGGCAGAUGGCCACGUGGCGGCCCGGGUGAGGCAACACCUGAACUUUGACCUCGACUCUGCUCCAGGGGUGAGUCGGCUGUAUGACUCAGUCCGGAGCAGUGGACCAAUGGUAGUAACCAGCCUGACUGAGGAGCUGAAGAAGCUAGCCAGGCAGGGUUGGUACUGGGGACCUAUCACACGCUGGGAGGCUGAGGAGAAGCUGGUCAACCUGCCUGACGGCUCGUUUCUGGUCAGGGACAGCUCGGACGACAGGUACCUCCUCAGCCUUAGUUUCCGCUCCCAGACCAAGACCCUCCACACCCGAAUCGAACACUCCAACGGACGCUUCAGCUUCUAUGAGCAGCCUGAUGUGGAGGGACACACGUCCAUGGUGGACCUGAUAGAAUUCUCCGUCAAAGACUCUGAGAACGGAGCCUUCUGUUAUUCUAGAUCUCGCUUACCAGGGUCCGCCACCUACCCAGUCAGGCUGACCAAUCCCGUGUCUCGGUUUAUGCACGUGCGCUCUCUGCAGUACUUGUGUCGGUUUGUGAUUAGACAGUAUACCAGGAUUGACCUAAUUCAGAACCUGCCUUUGCCCAACAAGAUGAAAGACUACCUGCAGGAGAAGCACUACUGACUCGGUUGACACAGACGUGAGAUGGGACAGACAACGCUAGCAACUUGCACUUUUGGGUUCAGUUUAAGAGAUUCAACAAAGGUUUACAGACAUCCGUAGUUUGGAGACGAUCGAUUGGGUUCCAUUGGCUCUUUGUUUGUGUCCAGGGAUGUCUGAAAUUAAACCCUAUUAUGUAUGUAGUGCACUACUUUUGCCCAGAGCACUAGUUUAAAGUAGUGCACUACAUGGGGUGUAAUUUCAGAUUGCCCUUUGGUUAUUUUUGUUAGUGUCCAGUCCUCCGUUUCUCAGUUAAAGGAUUGUCGCCAAGCCUCCAGAGAGACGUAUCAUAGCAUCUCCGUUUCCCAGUUAUGGUUAAGUCAUUGGCUACGCCUCCAGAGAGACGUAUAAUAGACUAUCCAUUUAUCAGAUAAAGGGUUAAGUUAUUGUGGCCACGCCUCCAGAGUGACAUAUCAUAGAAUCUGUCAGGAAGUGUGCAGCGUGACUUAAGUUACAGCUAACAACAUUUAUCAGCAGUGAGAUCGAAAGAUCAAUAUUUCUCUCCCCAGUUGCUGUAGUGAACUGUAAACGCUAGAAUGGCAAGCUCAGCCUUCUGAAUAACGUCAAUGUGUUUUUGCCUUCUGACUGAAAUGUACAGAUUUAAAAUAUACAUUUCAUUUAAUUCACGGCAGCCUUUUAAGA